GCAGAACUCGUCGUUCUUUCCUUCCGAGCCUUUCUCCGCCAUAUAGCGAGUUUAGCCGGGAGUCCGUGACGUCAUCGGAGGUCAUGUGGUCCGCAAUCCAAGAUGGCUUCCUCCCUGUGAGGUGUUUGUGAUCGGGAGACAAGCGAUGAUCGGCUCGCCGGAUCUAGUGGCGUUCACCCGGGACGAGGAGUAUGAGUCCCCCCUGCAGAGCUCGCCGGGGCUGCCGGAAGAGUACUCGGUGCCGCUCUUCCCGUACUCGGAGGCGGAGAGCAGCCCCUGGUCCCGGCUCUCCGGGGCCAAAUUCAGUCGGGACUUUAUCUUGAUCUCGGAGUUCUCGGAGCAGGUGGGGCCGCAGCCUCUGCUCACCAUCCCGGAUGACCCCCGGGUCCGAGGAGCCUUCGACCUUAACUACUUCUCCCUCCGCAUCAUGUCGGUGGAUUACCAGGCCUCCUUUGUGGGUCACCCCCCGGGAUCCUCCUACCCCAAGCUCAACUUCGUGGAGGACUCCAAGGUGGUGCUGGGCGACUCCAAGGAAGGGGCCUUCGCCUACGUGCACCACCUGACGCUAUACGACCUGGAGGCGCGAGGCUUCGUGCGCCCAUUCUGCAUGGCGUACAUCUCCACCGACGAGGACAAGAUCAUGGCGCAGUUCCUGGAGCUCUCCGGCGACUUCUCCAAGGCCUCCGACUGCCUGAAGACCGGAAACCGCAAAGCCUUCGCCAACGAGCUGGAGAAGAAGCUGAAGGACCUGGACUACACCCGGGCGGUCCUGCUGAGCGAGAUGGAGGAGCAGCAGAAGACCGACCACCAGGGCUUCUACACCACCCAAGCCAUAGAGAAGGCCAAUGAGCUGGCCAACGUAGAGAAGUCCAUCAUCGAGCACCAAGACCUGCUGAGACAGAUCCAGUCCUACCCCUACAGACACCUCAAAGGAGAAGACUACCAGCCGUACGUGCCCGAUGUUGACUCCGAACCGGUUGCUGAUGCAGAACCUGAUGCCGAUGGUGUUGAGGAGACAGAAGUCUACACUCCCAGGCCAUCCUACACGCCCAAGUUCAUCAAAGCAAAGUCCUCAAAGUGCUUUGAUAAGAAACUGAAGACCUUGGAGGAGCUGGUGGACAUCUACUUCUUCACGCAGACUGUAGACCUCCUGACCGCCAUUGAGAGGCGCUAUAGGGGCGACGUCAGCUAUUUGAUCAUGAGUCACCUGGACAAGACCCUCUUAGCGCAACAAGCCAUUGCCAACUUUCUCUUCGAGGACGUCUCCACUUGGAAUCCUAAACCGAUGGACAGGCAGUACUCAGACAACUUGGGAAACCGACGGAACACGCCGAAGUUUGCAGAAGAACAGGAAGGUUUGAACUUGAAGCCUUCGCCCAGCAUGGAGUCCUACAAGUCCAGUGUGGAAUCCGUCCCCAUUAAAAUCGAGCAGGAACUGUACGAGGAAGACCCCGACCGGGAUGUGACAAGUAACACUGAGGGUCUCGAGGCGGAUACCAAAGGGAGUGUGAGCAGCGGCGAGAGCAUCGAGGUGUUGAGGACCGAGAAGUCGACGUUGCUCGUCCAUUCCGAGAGCCAGCCGUGCUUGAGGCCUUCCACGAGUCCACAGCCGAGAAGGAAGGCGGGGAGCCGGAGGACCAUCAGCGAGGACAGCAUUGAGGUCCUCAGCACUUGCACUUCUGAAACUGUGAUUCCUGAAGACUUUCGAGGCGCUUACCAAAUAGCCAUUAAUGAAGAAGAGGUAGAUGAAGGUGCCAUUGAAUUUGGUGCUGGCGAUAAAGCCAAUGAGGGGGACGUGACAGUGGACCCUGCCUGUUGCAUAAGGGCGGAUAGUCCUAACGUUGACGAGCUAGCUGCAGAUCAUGUACCGGAUGGUGGUGAUGUUGUAGUUAGCGUUCCGCCACAGCCCGGUGAGCAUGUGAGCCAGACGUUCGGGCAGGUAAAGUUCUCGGUAGAGCACGUGGACGACCCAUUGGGGGAAGUCUCCUCCUCCCCUCCCCCAGAGUCCAACUACUUGCUGAGCCCCAGGGACACUGAGAAGAUGACUCUGGGUGAGGACUCUACUAGCUACCGGAGCAGUGCCUCCACCUGCUCUGACAGGACGCCUUCCCCUCCCCCCAUUACCACCGUUACCGUGCGCCAGAAGAGAAAAGCCGGCCAAAACGCCCUGAUGUUCAUCCGGCAGUACCCCUUCUCCCAUCCCGCCAUUUACUCUCUCCUCAGCGGGAGGACCCUCGUGGUGUUGGGCGAAGAGGAAGCCUUUGUGAAAAAACUGGUGACGGCUUUGUCUGUCUUUGUCCCAAACAAUGGACAUGUUGCCAAACCGAUCAAGCCAUGGCUGACCUCCCCGCUGCACGUCAUGGACUUCCAGAAGUGGAAACUGAUCGGACUUCAGAGGCCUUCCUCCAGCAGCUCCUUGGCCUCUCCCAGGAGGACAGUAAGAUCGUAGAAUACCUCUCGGAGCUCCUCAAAAUGUAUUACCUAAGGGAAUCGGGGACGCAGCUGCUUCCUGUGCUCAGAUUUGACUAUAUCCCCAGCGUUUUAUACAAGAUUUGAUGUCUUCCCCCCCCCCCCUAUAGACACCUGUGGAUGUAUAAAACUUCACAGCAUGGUAGGUCUGCACUGCGGCCCACAGAAGGAUCCGGAGGGGUCAUCUUAUCUUUUGCCUUUUUUGUUUGUCACUUGUUUCUACUACUGAGGGCCUAAAACCGUUUUCUACAACCUGCGACACUCCGGCUGUUGCGAAACUACAACUCCCAGUAUGCCUGGACAGCCAACGGCUGUCCAGGCAUGCUGGGAGUUGUAGUUUCGCAACAGCCGGAGUGUCACAGGUUGGAAAUCGCAGACCUAGACUGAGAGGCGUUGAAUGGGACACUAACCUUAAAAUCUAAUUGUCUUGCAGGUAAAUCUAUUCCAUUGUUCUCUGUUAUCAGCCACAGAGACCGACUGUACCCCCCCCCCCCCCGUUCACCACAUUGUCACUUGUUGGGACAAUAUCAUCCAUAGGUGUGACUGAUAUCAGGUGCUGGAGUUUAUGCACUUUUAAAGGGAAUAAAAAAA